AGUUCGGACUCAGCUGUCGGUUUGGUUGCUUGGAACUAAACUGUAUCCCGCGGAUUAUAUUGCUGUUGAAGUUCAAGGACGUUGCAUUAAAUCAAAUAUUUAAUUCUUUUCAAUCUGAAUCGGCCACAAUGCUGGCAGUACAUGGUUUCUUGUGGCUUACCACUUGUGUGUAUUUGUUCGCGGCAUGCUUAAUUUUGGAGAUUGCAGCGUUGCCGGCGUCUACUCCACUACCACAAACCACCCACAUUGUCAGCUAUGUACACCAGGGGAGAGCCGGUGCUAAGAGGGCUGAAAUCAGGGAAUUUGACUAUGAGAAAGUUCAUAGCGUGGAUCAUGAACGCAACGCUGCUAUACGUGAGCAGCUGGAUACGAAUCUAGAUAAUGACUUCUCACGCACUCAUACAACUGGAACAAUUCACAUUUCCACAACGGAGUCGAUGAGUCACACUGAUGACUUACUUGUAACAAAACAAAACACAUUGGAGGACGCCGAUGRCAUUUUUGGUCGCAAUGAACAACAUGAGUCACCUGAGUCUGUGAAUAACGAGAGAUAUUCCCAUGUUGGCRGAAUGAUGUGGAGUCGCACGAAACAAAGCAUUCCGGUUUUGGAACCUGUGCGUAUUCUUCUGAAUACGGUACGCGACCAGCAUAACCAAACGGUGCAUGCGGCUAGGCAACAUCAUCAACUGUUGGGCUCAAUGAUGGGUGGAAUGGCGGACCACAUGUCAGCGAAUGAAUCAUCAGCAAUAGAGACCGAGGAGGACCGUGAAUCCGCCAACGAGAGCACAGAAUUCAAGUUACUUGACUUUGCUGGGAGCCUUGUUAGUAUGCUAUGGGGCUUUUUCGGUAAUCUGCAGCGCGCCUUUGCGGCUAGCAGUGGUAAUGCUCUGGCUUCCACCUCGUCCAGUUCUUCAGGUGGCCAAUAAGUAUGAUUGUGUAUUGCUUUGUAGAAGAUGUAAUUGAUUUACUCAACUGUGAUUAACCAUAAAUUUCGUGUAUUCAACGCAAUAUAAAGCAUACUAUACAUAAAUGUAUAUAUAUGUAUGCAUAUAUAGAUUGGCGCAUUUAGUGUAAUUUAAACGAUAUCGAGACAAAAGUUAAUACUUGUUAACACCAUAUUUGUUGUAAUAAAGUUAAAUUUGCAAUACAGAACUUUAAACA